CUUGAACGCACCACCCUCAUCCGCCGGUGCUGAUUCCUGUGAAAGGCGUUCAUCAUCUAACCAGCAGCAAAUAAAAACCACCACAACAAGUCAGGCAACAUGGACGUCGGUCAUGAGGUGAAUUUGCUGGUGCAGGAGAUUCAGCGACUCGGCAACAAGAAUGCUGACGGCCAAACCAGCGUGAAGUUUGGAGUAUUAUUUAAUGACGACCGCUGUGCCAAUAUCUUCGAAGCCUUGGUGGGUACCCUGAGGGCCGCCAAGAAGAAGAAGGUGAUCAGUUUUAACGGAGAGCUGCUUCUGCAGGGUGUUCAUGACAACGUUGACAUCAUCUUGCUGCAAGAGUGAGGCCGGCGUUUGGACCACGCAGCCCCGAGCAUCCGAAUCCCUCCUAAUGCUGAGCGUGUGCAGUGUACGGGCUUGUCUCUAAGCUUCAGUUUUUACUUAUCUCACUCAUAAACAAGGCUGAGUAUUUGGUGUCGGUGAUUUCAGAUAAUUUUACAGUGCCACAUUUGUGCAAAGUUUUUGGCAACAUUCAUUGUUUUAAAGCCAAAAGAGGGGUGUUUCUCUCUUUCUCAGGCACUGCUGUUUAUUUACCACAGGUCUACAAUGUCAUUUUGAUACUUUUAAGACUAUAAACGCACAAAUCAGGAAUGUAAUAUUUUCUGUAACUCACUGAGUUUUUGGGAUUUUUUUUUUUUCGUCCAUUGUAGGUUAAAUGAUUGUAUACGGUCGCUAUUACAACCGAAUGCCUCUCAUGAUAAUUUUAAUGGACUCACGUGACAAUAUAUUGGCUUUUUUCAACUAGUAAUUUAAAAUGUAUAUAAACCUAUUUGUAGGUUUAACCCUCAAACACCUAAACAGCCGAAGGCGACCAAAAGCAUCUACUGAUCUAAAAUGUUUAACUUUUAAACCUUUAAUCCUACAGAAACAUUAAAAUAAUGAAGAUAAAAUGUAGUUUCUCAGCUUUUCAGAGACAUCAGGUGUGUCUUUUUUUGGACAUUCAGAGGCUCAGUAAGGAACAUGGAAACACCAUCAUUUUCCAAAACAUUGAUUCAUCACUAAAACACAUGUAACUUGACCAAUUUUUGCUGGAAAAUUAACUUUUUCUCAGCUUCCCUGUUGAUAUGACCUUUGAAUUUACUCUUACGUCUGCAUCGUCAGUAAUUUAAAUGUAGGAAAAUACCAGAUUUUCACUGAAAAAUGCAAAAAUGCAUUGAAUAAUAUUAGAAUAAAAGAAAUGUAUUUAGAAGUCACAACAAAAAUAUCUGAUUUGGACAACUUGUUUCUAUGGAUACCUGUUUUUAUAGCUGCAUUGGAUUAGAAGAUAAGAUGUUGUUUCCUAAAAAAAUCAUCAAAUGUCAUGAUGAGUGUAUUUUUGCAUAUAAAUCUAAUGCAGGUUUAAACAACAGGCAGUUCAUCCAAUGGUUGUUCCACUUACUGUUUACUUGAGAUGUUACUCCUACCUCUUGUGGAUCAGUUUGUUCUAAAGUUCUUAAUAGAAACUAAAACGACUGCAACUGUGUUUUAAGGAAAACCUUUGCGCCUUUGAACUUUCUACUCCAUGCAGUGCGCUGGUUUUUAAUUCCAUCUUUUUAUACAUAGGGAACAUGAUUCAGAACUUGCCUUUGUGAUACUAAAUGGUCGACAAGCAAGCUGCGAAUGUACUUGUGCAAUUUUUAUUCACUGAUCACAGGGUGCCAAAUGGGAAAGAUGAAUUUGUAAUGUUUCUCAGGACCAAAUCGAUACAACCAAACCAUGUCUACUUGUCCUGUGGCGCAAAUUAGAUGUCUUACUUGUGACACGAGAUGUGCAUUUAUAGUUUUAUUAGUUUUUUAGGACUCUUUAUUGUCUGCUGUAGGUCGGAUGAUGCUUGCAGAUCAGGCGUGGCACAGAUCAGGUUUGUGUAAAAUCUGAUACUCCCAGAUAUAAUUUCACUCAGCCAAAGAAAACAUGUUAACAUUUUAUACAACAUGGAAUCUGAAACCCCACAAAAAAUGAGUUUACUCAGAUAUUUAAAUGUAAAGAGAGGCUUCAAACUGUAAAACCUUGCAAUUUCUAGUAUAAUUUUGAAUUUUAAUGACUGAAAUAGCUCCAAAAGUAUCCUCAAAGUAAAGUUUCUAGUAACAGCUGGUUUAUCAUAAUGACAUUUUUCCAGCAUCAGUGGUAAUAUCCAGUAUUCCAGCUCUACUGUUAAGCGUAUUUGCAUUACAUCACAAUAUUUUCUCAUCACAUAUCAGGUUGUAUUUGUUGACCAUCCAUCCCAUCAUGCAAUGUACACAAACACUUCCUUCUCACGAUGAUAGGGCCAAGAUAUCGAGCGAAAAAAAACAUUCCCGGCCUGCAAGUGUCAUUUAAUCUGAUCCACAUUUACUGCUGUUAAAUGAAAGUAGCCAAAUCUUUGGGCUUAGGUUUCAAUUGGAAUCAUGGUUCUUUACACUGUUUUAAAGCUCAUUCGUCUGUAUGUUCUGUAGGUUGAUACUAGAUGGAAUCAUUUAAUCGAGAAAACUGAAUUGGAAGCGAUCAGUGUGCCUGUAAUAUUGUAAUUAUGACUGUAAAUGUAAGUGAUAAAAGAUUAAUGGUGGCGAAUGCAACUACUGGGCUUGUUAUUGUGAUUGCCUUGUUUUCAGUGCAUGGGGGUUAACUGCAUCGCUGUCGUUUUUGUGUAACAUUAUUCUGCUGUCACUGUGUGUUGCUCUGGAGUGCACUUUUCCAUGGUUACACCCAAAUGCAACCAGUUCACCAGAGAAGAAAGUUGCAAUCAGAGCAACGUCAAUACCUCGAGCCAUUUCUGUGAAGCAGUGGGACGCCUCGGUGCUGUGUCAAAAUACAUCAGUACUGUCUUUUGUAUUGGCAAUAACACAUUCCAAAAAGAACAGAGGUUUUUGUUACUGUGGAAUACACUCCAAGGAAUAAAAUCUUUAUACUUGAAGCCUU